GGACGGCGGAGCCGCUGCUGGAGGCAAUGUGGAUAUAGUAUUCAGUUUUUCAUUUCAUAGAUAAGUGUGUAUAAACAGUUACGUGAACAGGCGGCUCGUGCAGACGCCGCGUUGUCAUUUUUUUCUCUCUUUCUUUCCUUCCCCGGUUCCGUGAGUGGUGUCCCUCGAGCGCGUUACUGUCAUUCAGAAAUACUACAGUCUCACGUGUUUGACCUUAGCCGAGAUAUCGUACUUUUCUUUUUGUUGUUGUUAGUCACAGCCCACUUGGAACACCUCGGUUACAGUCGACGUCCUUCACUGCGACUUGGCGUUUCGGUGACAGGCGCGUCUCUGUGCGUUGGUGAAUUAUUUUGGGGGUUGUUUGAAAUCACGGGUGAAGUUAUCGCGGUCAUAAAAAUAAAAAAAUCCUUGGAGGGAGAACGGCAUGGUCAACGUGCAGGUCAUCAGAGGGUAACGGACUGCGGAUAUCUCAUCACUUCUUACAGCUGAGAAUUCUUCUUCCCCGAAAAUUCAACCUUAAUGGAGCUUCUCUGGGUCUUUCUGUUGCUGGAGGUGGUCCUGAUGUCCACUGCUGCCAGAGGUCCACCCAGGGUGUCAGAGCGGGUGGCCCACCGGCAGAGCAUCCGUCUGGGUCGCACCAUGAAGCUGCCCUGCCCCGUGGAGGGCGACCCCCCGCCGCUCAUCAUGUGGACCAAGGACGGCCGCAAUAUCCACAGCGGCUGGACGCGCUUCCGGGUGCUGCAGCACGGCCUGCGCAUCAAAGAGGUGGAGACUGAGGACGCGGGCACGUACAUCUGUAAGGCUACCAACGGGUUUGGCAGCGUGAACAUCAACUACACGCUCAUCGUUAUAGAUGACUCCAGUUUAAGAGGUGGACCCGGGAUGGCCAACGGUGACUCCGAACUCGCCCCAGAGCUUGCUGGGAAACUGGUGCGUCCACGCUUCACGCAGCCGUCAAAGAUGAGGAAGCGUGUCAUCGCUCGCCCAGUGGGCAGCUCGGUGCGUCUGAAGUGUACAGCGAGCGGUAACCCUCGCCCCGACAUCGUCUGGCUGAAGGACAGCCGGCCGCUGGUGGACGAGGACGCCGGAGCAGAGGGAGCAGGAGGAGAAGGAGAAGGGAAGAAGAAGAGGUGGACCCUGAGUCUGAAGAACCUGAUGCCGAGGCACAGCGGGAAGUACACCUGCCAUGUGUCCAACAGAGCAGGAGAGAUCAACGCCACCUACAAAGUGGAAGUCAUACAGCGUACCAACUCUAAACCGAUUCUGACUGGCACUCACCCUGUCAACACCACGGUGGACUACGGAGGAACCACGUCUUUCCAGUGUAAAGUCCGCAGUGACGUCAAGCCGGUUAUUCAGUGGCUAAAAAGAGUCGAACCUGGUGACGAGAACAAAUUUAACUCCACCAUAGAGGUCGGAGACCAUCGCUUUGUGGUCCUGCCGACAGGGGAGGUGUGGUCUCGUCCUGACGGAUCCUACCUCAACAAGCUGCUGAUAACCAGAGCCAAGGAGGAGGAUGCCGGCAUGUACAUCUGCCUGGGAGCCAAUACGAUGGGCUACAGCUUCAGGAGCGCCUACCUGACUGUGCUACCAGAUCUAAAGCCCCAAAACAACGCUGUCCCCACGGCAACAUCCCCGAGCCUCCCCUGGCCCGUCAUUAUUGGGAUACCUGCAGGUGUCGCCUUCAUCUUAGGCACCGCCUUGCUCUGGUUCUGCCAAUCGAAACGCACCUGCUCCUCCUCCUCUUCUUCGUCCUCCUCUGCUCUUCCCGCUGCCCAGCGUCUCCCUGCGGCCAACCGUGACCGAGCCGGCCCGACGCUGCCUCCUCAGCCGGCCAACGGGGAUAAAGAUUGUCUCUCAUACGAGGACUACGUCGCCCAUCAGCAGCUGCUCCUGUCUCAGGGAGGCGCUGCGUUGGCUCCCAAGGUCUAUCCGAAGAUCUACACGGAUAUACACACGCACACGCAUUCGCACGUGGACGGGAAAGUGCACCAGCACCAGCACAUUCACUACCAGUGUUAGCACGCUUCGUGCUUAACAGUUACAUGAACAUGUCCCUGUGCAUGCAGACUCAUUCACAACAGUCCCAUACAAGCUACUGACAAACAAGGAAAGACCCACGCGGGACACCGCGCGGGUUCAUAUACAGAAACACGGGGUCACGCAACUCUUCCUCAUCCUGCUGCAGCCACGUUAUUGUGACAACACAGACUUAUUCAGGACGCAAACAAUGAAGAAUGUAAAGAAAGAAGACAAAAGGAUCUUAUUUUAAGGCAAAUCUGGAAGCCGAUCCAGUGAAAAUCUAUGAGAGAAAAACCCCGACACAUGUUUUAUUCAAAAAGUUUUUUAUAUGAAAAAAAUCUUUUCUGUAGAUUUCGCUCAAAUGCUUCUUUUAGUACUUUGGACACAACCACAACCUCCUCAGUAUCAGUAGAAAUAGCUAAAAUAGCUAAUUACUAUAGCUACUCAUGUAUAUAGUGGAAUACGAUUAUACGGCAUUUAGCGUGCUACUUCAUCCUGUGUGAUCUAUUAAGAACAAUAUAGCAUGUAUGUAAUAUAAUAGCUUAAUUUCAGAGUAUAUCUCAGGCAUCAGCCCAUCUGAGCGAUAAAAAACACAAAUCAAGGCAAACUGCCACAGUAUCCACACCCUCUGCAAGGAUGAAGGCUGCUGGCUUUUUGCUUCAUUCUGAUAAAUGUCCAGCUGCUAUCUGGGUACCGUGUGAUGUCAAACUGAGGUCAGACUGCAUGAGACCCUUCUCAGUAGAUUUGUUUGAGAAGCAGCUACAGUGCGGCUUCCACUCCAAACGAGGAGGUCCUCCAGCCUUAAAGUACAGUUUGUGCCCCUUUUUACUUCCUGGGGAAAAGGUGGCAUUUCCUGUUUCACGUUGUCGCCUUAUCAACUUUGUUUGAUGCUCAUACGUCAUACGUACAACCUCUUGAGCGAACCGCGCAAAGGGAUCAUCAACAGUGCCUCGGCGUAAAGUGGUGCCUUCCUCAGAAUUGUUUCCAGAUCUCACGGAUCACUGUCGGAUCAUUGGAUAUGUCACAUAUUCUUGUAAAUCUCUCAUGAGAUUUAGAGGACAUAAAAGAGAGGCAUUUCAUCUUGAACUCUUUGACUUUAAGUCCUCAAGUCUUCUUCCGAAAGCACUGCACAGCAUGACCUGGGGCUCUGUUCUCCACACAUGGUUUGUUACGAGGCAGAGGGACUCAUCUUGUUUGUAUCUGAAGAGUCACAGUUUGGGAUAAAGGGCUGCCUUCUCAACCCCAUCAGGGAAAUAAAAGAUGCAUUGUAGAUGCUGAAAAGGUCAAAUGAGGGGAUUCUGCUUUAAACUGACAGAUAUCGGUAUCACAAUCAUAUAUAAUCAUAUAUAUAUAUAUAUAUAACUUUCUACAGAAAGUUAUGUUAAUUAAUACAGCCGUACCAGCUGACUAGCUAC